UUCCCCAAACUCUUCUAUUGUCCGGAGAAGGAGCAUUAUUGUAUUAUCUGUUCACAUUUCCCCAAACUCUUCUAUCGUCCUGUUCUUAACCUCCUUUAUUAUUAUUGUUAUUAGUAUUAUUAUUAAUUGCCAUCAUUUGUCAGAAACAAAUCUCAAGAUUCCAUUAUAUACCAUCAUCACCUAUUCACCUUUUUAUUUUUCUCCUCCUAAAGGAACACUCUUUUCUUCUCUAGAAAAAUGUCAGCUUUGGGUUUCACAGUCUCAGCUCAAUUUGCUGCACCAUCAAGCUACAUAUACAUCAGCACUACUGAGAAGCAUUUGAUUGGGAAAGAUUCGUGUUCUUGGAGCAGGAAAACCGUUUCGAAUGGCUCAAAAAUACGAUGCAUGAAGACUUGGAACCCAAUAAACAACAAGAAAUUUGAAACCCUUUCGUACGUCCCGCCUCUAACUGACGAAUCGAUCGCAAAGGAGAUAGAUUACAUGAUCAAGAAAGGAUGGAUCCCUUGCCUUGAAUUCGAUGAGGAGGGGCAUGUAUACAGAGAAAACAGCAGGAUGCCAAAUUACUAUGAUGGGAGGUAUUGGACUCUAUGGAAGCUGCCCAUGUUUGGCUGCAAUGACUCUACACAAGUGCUGAAUGAAAUUCAAGAGUGCAAAAAGGCUUACCCAAAUGCUUAUAUUCGAUGCUUGGCAUUCGACAAUAAGAAAAAGGCGCAAUGCAUGGCCUUUCUCAUCCAGAAGCCGAACAAAGCCACCUAAAAGCCAUCUGGUUUUCUCUUUAGUUCCAGCACCAGAACCCUAUGCUGUUUUUUUUUUUUUUUUUUU